UGGGAGGCCCCCGACAGGAACCUCCACCCUACUGUCCUUUGUGAGACCCUGCAGAACCCCCGCUCCACUCUCUGGGGAAAUGUCCCCCCUCUCCUCCCCAAAGCACCCAUCCCUGUAUGAGGCACUGGGGCAUCCCUCUGCCCUCCUGACUCCCCACCCCAUGUGAAAACCCGGGAACUGCCCCGAUGGAGCCUGUCACUUCAGCAUCUGAUGUCAAAGGCCUGGGAACUACCACACCCAAAGCUUGCCCACGGGAACUGGGACUCUAUUGCCUCCUGUUAGAGAGCCCCCUCUCUUCCCCAUUGGUCCUUGAGAGAGCACUGAUGCUCCACAACAGCCCCAUCUUAUUGGGAAUGAGAGUAUAUAAUGUCUAUGAUGUGGAUAAUAAGACAUAUCUUAUUCGCCUUCAAAAGCCAGACUGUAAAGCUACACUUCUAAUUGAAUCUGGCAUACGGAUUCACACAACAGAGUUUGAGUGGCCAAAGAAUAUGAUGCCAUCUGGGUUUGCAAUGAAGUGUCGUAAACAUUUAAAGAGUAGAAGACUUGUCAACGUAAAACAGCUGGGUAUAGACAGAAUUGUAGACUUUCAAUUUGGAAGUGAUGAAGCCGCCUAUCAUCUAAUUGUUGAGCUUUACGACAGAGGAAACAUUGUUCUGACAGACUAUGAAUACUUAAUUUUAAACAUCCUGAGGUUUCGCACAGAUGAGGCAGAUGAUGUCAAAUUUGCAGUUCGGGAACGGUAUCCAGUUGAUAACGCUAAAGCAGCUGCACCAUUACCUAGCUUGGAAAGGUUGAUGGAAACAAUAUCAAAUGCACCUCAGGGGGAACUGCUAAAAAGGGUCCUUAACCCACAUCUUCCUUAUGGAGCCACACUCAUUGAACACUGCCUUAUAGAAACUGGAUUGUCUGGUAAUGCCAAAGUAGAUCAACAGAUGGGAAGCAAAGAAAAUAUUGAAAGGGUACUUGCUGCUUUACAGAAGGCAGAAGAAUACAUGAAGAUAACUGACAACUUCAGUGGAAAGGGUUUUAUUAUCCAGAAGCGGGAGAAAAAACCAAGCCUAGAGCCAGAUAAACCUGCAGAAGAAAUCCUCACAUAUGAAGAAUUUCAUCCUUUCUUGUUUUCUCAACAUUUGAAGUGUCCAUACAUGGAGUUUGAAUCAUUUGAUAAGGCAGUGGAUGAGUUUUACUCCAAGCUAGAAGGUCAGAAGAUUGAUUUGAAAGCUUUGCAACAGGAAAAACAAGCCCUGAAGAAGCUGGAUAAUGUUCGUAAAGAUCAUGAGCAUAGACUAGAAGCUCUUCAUCAAGCCCAGGAAAUUGAUAAGGUAAAAGGAGAGCUGGUAGAAAUGAAUCUGGACAUAGUUGACCGAGCUAUCCAGGUGGUGCGCAGUGCGUUAGCCAACCAGAUAGACUGGACGGAAAUUGGAGCAAUUGUAAAAGAAGCUCAGGCUCAGGGAGACCCUGUCGCAAGUGCAAUCAAAGAAUUAAAGCUCCAGACAAAUCAUAUCACAAUGCUACUGAAAAACCCAUACGUAUUAUCAGAGGAGGAGGAGGAAGAGGAAGAUGAUGAAGGUGAUCAUUGGAAAGAAGUUGAAGAACCAAAGGGGAAAAAGAAAAAGCAUAAAAAUAAGCAGCUGAAGAAACCUCAGAAAAACAAGCCAUUGUUGGUUGAUGUUGAUCUCAGUUUGUCUGCGUAUGCCAAUGCUAAAAAAUAUUAUGAUCAUAAGAGACAUGCAGCCAAAAAGACACAGAAGACAGUAGAAGCUGCAGAGAAGGCAUUCAAAUCUGCAGAAAAGAAGACAAAGCAAACAUUGAAAGAAGUUCAAACAGUUACCACCAUUCAGAAAGCAAGAAAGGUUUAUUGGUUUGAGAAGUUCCUGUGGUUUAUUAGCUCUGAAAAUUACCUCGUUAUCGCUGGAAGAGAUCAGCAGCAGAAUGAAAUGAUUGUGAAGCGAUACUUGAAAUCCGGAGAUGUGUACGUGCACGCUGACCUACAUGGUGCAACUAGCUGUGUAAUCAAGAAUCCUUCAGGUGAACCGAUCCCUCCCCGUACCCUGACUGAGGCAGGCACCAUGGCAUUAUGUUACAGCGCUGCCUGGGAUGCUCGUAUCAUCACUAGUGCCUGGUGGGUCUAUCACCACCAGGUGUCUAAAACAGCACCGACUGGAGAAUAUCUGACUACAGGAAGCUUCAUGAUAAGAGGGAAAAAAAACUUUCUUCCACCUUCAUAUCUUAUGAUGGGGUUUAGCUUCUUAUUUAAGGUGGAAGAAUCUUGUGUGUGGAGACACCGAGACGAGCGAAAGGUCAAAAUGCAGGAAGAAGACAUGGAGUCUGUGACCAGCAGUACCAAUGAACUGGUGUCAGAAGAAGUGGAGCUACUAGCCCCGGAAGGAGAGGAUAGCAGCACCGAUGACGAGAAGACACUGCCUGAAGAGAUGGCAGAUGGCGCUGAAAUCAGGCCUGACGCUUACCUCGAGGAGGACGCUGCUCACCUAGCCAAAGACGGAAUAAACAAGCCGCCAGCAGAAGAGGAAAGCUCUGAGGAUGACGAUGUGGAAUCUGAAGAAGAGGCUGAAGAUCAGGAGCUGACGAGUGACAUGAAGGAGGAGGAGAUAAAUUAUCCAGACACUGCAAUCGACCUGUCACAUCUUCAGCCACACAGGUCCCAGCAGAAAAUGGUUGCAAAAGAGGAAGCGUCUCACCUGAGUGACAGUAAGUCACAUGGCCGAAGACACUUGUCAGCCAAGGAGAGAAGAGAAAUGAAGAAAAAGAAGCAGCAAAAUGAGACCGAGGAUUUAGAACCACCUGAAGGAAAAGAAAUAGAGAUGAGCGCACAGCUCCCAUCUUCUCCUGUUUCAAACAAGAGCGUGUCAGCCCCUCAGCCCGUGAAACGAGGACAGAAGAGCAAAAUGAAAAAAAUGAAAGAGAAAUACAAGGACCAGGAUGAAGAAGAUCGAGAGCUCAUAAUGAAACUAUUGGGUUCUGCAGGGUCAAACAAAGAAGAAAAAGUUAAGAAAGGCAAAAAAGGAAAACUGAAAGAAGAAUCAGUAAAGAAACAAGCCCAGAAACCGAAGCGUGGCCAUCCGGUUGAUGCAGGUCGUAAAGAAGAAACACCCCCAGGAGAAAUACUAACGCAGGAGUUACAGGACAUAGCCCUGGAAGAUCAGCAGGAGGAGAAGGUAAAUACUGCAGGACAUUUCGUUACCCACAUGUUGCAGCAUCUUGCUGAAGGGGAGACACUGCUGAAUUCUUUGACAGGCCAGCCUCACUUGGAAGAUAUACUCCUCUUUGCUAUACCAAUAUGUGCGCCUUACACUACCAUGGCAAACUACAAAUACAAAGUGAAGCUCACUCCAGGCACGCAGAAGAAAGGAAAAGCUGCCAAGACUGCUUUGCAUAAUUUCAUGCAUUCCAAGGAAGCUGCUGCAAGAGAAAAAGAUUUAUUUCGCAGUGUAAAGGACACUGAUUUAUCAAGAAAUAUUCCUGGUAAAGUGAAAGUAUCGGCACCUAAUCUCCUGAACAUGAAAAAGAAGUGAGUGUUGCUCAUAGAUCACAAAUAAGUGUUUGAACUGUCAGUGCUGCUUCAGAAGAGGACAGUGACAAACCUACCAUCUGGACCUUCCAAUUUUGCUAGUAAAGUAAAACAGCUAUAAUUGGACAGAUUUUAAGAGGCAAAGAUGGACUGUUCGCUGCAUCUGACCCUUGCCUGGGUCUUCUUGCAUGGACGUUAAAUUGCAUGUGAUUCAUCUAAUGUGCAAAAGUAAAGUACUACUGGCCUUAGGUGUGAAAGGCAAGACUGAUUUUGUACUGAUCCUCUUUCUAAUGUUGUAAGGACUGGCACAACCCCAGUCUAAUCUCUUAUUUCAAAUGUAAUUUUUUCCUUUCCUAGAUGUUUCUGUACAAAUCCAUGCUCUAUCAAAUGCUGUAGCAAACCUGGCUGCUUGUUCUUUCCACUUUCCUUUGGCAAAGGAAGGGAUUUAACAUCCUACCCUGUUUGGAACCUGCUUUCCAGUCAGGAUAUUGACUGUAUUAAUCUGCUCCCACUUAUCAUAUUUUGUAAGCUAUCAUAAGAAAAGUCCUAGUUGUCAGCUGUAGUCACUUACUGGCAUGGGAGCACCCGAAGUUGGUGACAAUGCGGGAUAGUAUGCCUUGCCUAUAGUAUGUAGAUUUUGUAUUUGGACUGGCAUGUACUAUACCUGUAAGCAAAGGCCACAGUGAAAUAGAUGAGCUGUUGCUUAAAAAACCCACCAUGCUAAGAAAAUGCACCAAUAUUAUUCACCUCCAAGGAGAGAAUAUAAAUGUAUUUGACGUACAGUAAGAAUACUGCCAAAGUUACCCCCUCCCCCCCAAACAACUGUUAGAUGGCUUUAGCCUAGGGCUGGGUAAUAGUUUUUUGAUGGGAGGGGCUCUUCAAGAAUUUGGUAAGUGCCACCCUCUAGAUUAAGGGAAGAGGUUGGGGUGUGGUGGCUCUUUGCCAGGGUCCCUGCCUGCCACAGCUCUGUAUGUGCUCUCAGUAGCUACAGUGGCCAGCUUUACAGAUCUGAACAUUGAGCCCUGGGGCUGUCUCAGAGGCACCUGCUAGGAGUCAAACUGGCCAAUGGAAGCUACGGGGGUCAAGGGCAGCAUCAGAAGCCUGUCUCCCUUCUCUGGGCUUGCAGUGUUCAGAGGCAGAAAAGCCAGCUGGGGAGCCACGUCUGAGUGCUAAACAAGGGCAGGCAGGGAGCUGGCUGAGGGUCAUAUUUUGCCCAGCCUUGCUUCAGACUGUAGCAUUAGCAUAUCCUGAACACGUUUACACAGUUUAGAAUUAUGAAACAGUAAGUGGAGUGCUGGCAUUGCUUUGUUUCAGUAUUUAAAUCACAAGCCCUUUAUUAGUUUCUCAGCCCUUUUCUGCAUCAGUGGUGUUCUGUGGCUGCUGAUUCCUAGGAGACACUGAACACAAAGAAGGCAGAAGGUUCCUAAAGUGCUGGGCUGCUGUUCACAUACAAUCCAUUUGCAUUAAAACUAGUGAGGCUAAACAGAGCUGAGCCACUGUUAGGCAUGAGAUUCACAGCACUGCUGAGGCUCUGACUUGCAUUUCCUUCAGCAGCUUCUGUAGCACGUGAACAAUCGAGCUGCUUUGGGCUACUCCUAGGUAUGCACAGUCCAGUUUGACACUUUACUGACUAAAGCAUUCUCACUCACUCAAGAUAAAAUACAAUGUCUACUUAAUGCUCCUAGGUACAGUUCUUAAUCCCACAUCAUGACACAGUCACCAUCCCUCUGCAUUUGCUUUUAAACAAAUGAAGGUUCAGAACUUUUAGAAAGUUUUAAAUUAACUAUGCCCAGCACUAAAUAAGAGUUUUAAACACGUGUUGCGAAACUUGUCUUAUUUCUAUCAGUGAGAUGCUAACAGACUAAAACUACUCUAUCAUGUGA